AAUUCCUAUAAUCAACGGUACAAAGUGGAAGUGGCUGCGAGCACACCACCGUCCGUGCACCUGUCCUUCCUCACUCCAACAUCAGAUGACCCAUCGACCAUGGCCAUUGUCCCAUGCGUGGCCAAUAAAUUUUACACUGCUGAGGGGAGCGACCAGCUCGUGGUUGUGGUGUCUGGUUGCUCCAUCUGGGGUUUGGCGUUUUUUGAACAGGUUGAUUUGACUCCGCAUAGCGUCUGCGUCCUCACCUCGCUCAAGGUUAAAAAUGUUGGCUUGGAGCCUAUCCCUAAAGUCUUGCUGGCUUUUCUGAACAUCCAAGCAAAAAACAUGGCAGUGAUCAGAGCAUUUGGUACUGAGGGAAAAGUGAAGGGUCUGAGUAGUGUUCUUUCAAUUGAAGUUGUUGAGCCUUCUGGUGUGCCCCCAGAACCGGCUUUCUUUCAGCAUCAUUAAACAAAGCUUUGAAUACUAUGCUAGCAGUUUGUAGUUGUGCUCUAAAUACAUGUUCCCCUACUUGUAAUCGCCACUUUUUGUUUGUUUCUGCAUUAAUUAGUGGAUCUAAGGUAGUUAGACACACAUUGACUAUAAUUGGUCAUCUCUACUAAGACAUGAGUGGCAUCAGGACACAUGUGCUACGAAUCAUAUCCAAAAGCAAUGAAAAGGGUGCCUACAACCUGGCGCCGCACAAGCUCCCUCUGAGGAGGCGCCACGGGGUGGCGCCCCAACUGCUAGUAUAUAUGCGUAUAUGCAUAUUCCCUGUGGAGGCACACACACGUACUACCCGUGUGAGCAUCUU